AUGGCCCCAAAUUUUUAUAGAACCGUGGAUCCGGUGUCGGAGGCGGUUAUCCCACCAGAAAGUGGUUGCGUUCUAUCAUCUGAGGCUAGAGAGGCUGCUCCGUCUGAUGAUAAGCACAACUCCAUUUCACAUCGUGCUACAGAACUCAUCGGCGAUAAUAACUUGCUGGACGGUAUUUCCGUAAGAUCACCAGUAUAUUUGACAAGAUUUUUCGGAAUGUGGCGCUCAAGUCUGUGCAGCACUCUGGGCAAUGUCCGCGACACAGUUGAUGAGAAGUCGGCAAAAUACUACAGUCACGAAAAAAGACUCACUACUACCAUUGCGAAUCUUCAUUCAGACCCUAGAGAAGAUCUUCUGCCUGGACUGACCUAUUCGGUGGUCGCAGCUAUGUCGGGUUCCAUCCUCGCCAGAAAUAGAAAUAUUCUGGCUCGUUUGACAGCUCCUUUAGCCCUUGGUACCAUCUGCUUCUCAUACGUGCUUCCCGUAACAUCAUCGAACUCCUUCAGUCUUUUGUUCGACCUCGAGAAGCAAGCCUUCCCCGAGUUUACCAAAAAGCAGCUUGUCUUUUAUGAUAAAUGCAAAACAGUACUGCAUAGUACUGUGUCUGCCACUGAAGCUUCCAAAAACGCCGUCUUAGGAAGCUUUGCUAAGACCACUAGUUUCGUCAGAGAAUGGACUGGGCUCAAUGUGUAG